AUGGCCCAAUCUAGGGCAAGUCUGGAAGGCUCUUCGUGGGUCCGUCAAUGGGUCGCGAAAGUCUUCCGGAAGUGCACGUCGCACGCCCCCGUGCGUCGACGUGGCGCAGGUGCCUUGCGUCAGAUCGGCCGGUCGUCGACGGACAAAACGGGUCGUCGCGCAGCGAAAAAGUGCUCGAGCCCAACUGUCGCCGGCGAAGCGACUUGA